GCCAGACCAAACAAUUUUCGCAAAUUGAUGGAAAUUCUUUAAGUUUUCAACGAAAAUGGACGAAGAAGAGCAUCUGCAUCGUUUUGGCACUCCCCUGGAGCCACUCGAGAAGGAUGAAGUGCCCGCCAAGAAACCGGUGGCAAUCGAGGAUCAAAUCGUCAAGGAUGAGAAUGGAAAGCGGCGAUUCCACGGCGCCUUCACUGGCGGCUUCAGUGCUGGUUUCUGGAAUACCGUGGGCUCCCUGGAGGGCUGGACGCCACAAACUUUCAAGAGUUCGCGCGCGGAGAAGGCCACACCGAGGGCGCUGCAAAAGCCGGAGGAUUUCAUGGACAAGGAGGAUCUGGGUGAAUUCGGUAUUGCUCCCCAGGGUGUGCGCACCCGCGAUGAGUUCGCCAAGGAGGACGAGCAGGAACAGCGUACCGGCCAGCGGCGCAGGAAGCUGAUGCAGCCGGAGAUUGUGGGGCCUAUACCAGGAAUGCCGGUUCUGGAGCAGCUCUUGAGACCGGUGCGCGACAAGGUGGCCGUGCGGAUACUCAAAAGCAUGGGCUGGAAGCCUGGGCAGGGAGUGGGUCCGCGGCAAACCAGAAAAGAGAAGAGACAGGCUACCGCACGAAACCAGAGGGAGCAGUAUCUCUUAGAGCACUACGGCGCCGAGGGAUUGCCUUCGAAGUCCUUGACAAAUGAGGGGCACAGCAGCGGCGGCGACGAGCCGGUGGAUGACGAAGAUGAUGAGGACAUAACAUUCGCUCCGGACGAUUACGAGCCCAUCUUCUACACACCUAAGGAGAAUCGCUUUGGCAUGAGCUACUCCGGCCUUAGUCGUGAUCCCAUUCUCUCCAAAUCCUCAGGAAGCUCUGCUACGACCAUGCAGCACAUCAAUCUCUUCGGUCAGCUUGAGGCCCAGGCCAAGAGCAAGCAGCUCUCCAUACGAGGUCAGGCCUUCGGAGUGGGUGCCUUCGAGGAGGAAGAUGAUGACAUUUACGCCCGAGAUGACAUGACCCGCUACGACUUCUCGUUGGCGGACAAGAAGCCCAAGCAGAAGAAGCAGCAGCACAUCCAGCAGCGCCACGUCAUUGAUGGUUUCAGCGAGGACAAAUCCGGGGCAGCUUUGCAGAAACCCUACGCCAUAGAUCUGCCCCGUGACUUUGCGCCCAGAAACUGGUUGCAGCGCAAGAGUCGUUUUGCUCCAAUGGACAAGGAACGGGCCAGGAAACUGGAGACGAACACAGAGUACAAGCGCACAGGACUUGGCAGACAUGAUCUCAAUCCUGACCAGCGAGCACAGCUGCUGGGCGAGCAGAAACCAGAAGAAAAGCAAGAGGAAGAGCCACCCAAGGGGAAUCCCUUCAAAGAUCGUGGUAAAUCUCUGCUAGAACGCAUCAAUGCCAGAACUGAGGGCUUCACAAAGGGUGGCAUUAUCACGGAAAGCGGCGAGGAGCAGAACACUGAAAUGUCCAAGGAGGUUAAGGAAACCAAUGCCGUCAUACAGGAGAAAGCAGCUCUGAAGACCAAGGAUUUACUUGGGCAAUCAUCAUCCUCCGGCACCUUCAAGCCCUUCCUGGCGGAUGAGGCCAAGCAGCUGCGUUAUGAAAAGUUUGUGGCCUCCAACUUAAAAGACGACGCAGCUAUAACUGACUUCUUGGCCAACCUGCAACCUGUAACACUCUCCCAGUGGGAUCGCGAGAUGGAAAAGAAGGAAUUCAUUCAGGCAGCCAAGAUAUAUCGACCUUUGGAUGGCCUUAUGAACGAUCGAUUUGUUUCCGAGGCCACUGUCCAGGCCGAGCAGGUCAAGGAGCAGCAGAAAGCCCCUGAAGAGCGAAAGGUUGUGAUGGAGCGAACUAAAACCAUGUGGAAACCAGCUUCGCUGCUCUGUAAGCGGUACAAUAUUGCAGAACCCUUUGGUGGCGCCAUGCUGGAACCGGAAAAGGAGCUCAAAGCGAAGCCCAAGAUAUCAGUUUUUGAUUACCUUGAGACUUCUGUUAAUACCAAGUCCAAUUUCCAAACUCCCACAAUUAUACCAAAGCAUAUAGAGAAACCGAAGCCAAAGGAAGUGGAGCCACCAGCUCCCACUGCGGCUUCUGCUCCUGCUCCUCCAGUCCUUGAACAGGAGAAACCUCCACAAAAGGAGACGGAGCCAGUCAAGUCCACUUUUGUGCCCAAAACACCGUUGGAACAGGCUGUGGACGAGUCGCGAAACAAACCCAUUUCGGAGAAGGUUGAUCUCUUCAAAAGCAUCUUCGAUGACAGCGAUGAAGAGGAAGAAGAGGUUAAAGAAGCUCCAACGAAUACAGUCCAGGAUAAGCUGGCUGCCCUGCAGGAGGCUUUGGGUCUGCCCUCCAGUGCGUCCACUUCAGCAGCAGCGGUCAAUGUGCUGAGGAACACUUCACCACCCAGAGGGAUCUUUGCGGCUCUAUUCAAGCCACCUGAUGAGCAGGCUUCCAAGGAGGCACCACCACAACCACCCAAGUUUGCUCCCAUUGAGGGGAACAAGUUAAAAAUCUCAUACAAAUCCCGUGAGGAGCGUUUGAGAAAUGACAAGGAAUUGGCCAUGGCUGAAGUCCCGCCCGAGGAUGUGUACGGUCCAAAACUGCCAGGAGCAGUGCCUCAAAGGCCAUCGUUAGCACCAGAGGAUCAGGCGGAGGCCAGUAUAGAUGCCAAACUGCAGCAGCUUUGGCAGCAACAUGCUCCCAAAAAACGAAAAGCUGAGAAGUGGGUGGAGAAAAAGGUGGUAUCCAGCAGUGAGGACAGCGAAGAUAGUACCAGUGAUGAUUCCUCCUCGUCUUCCUCCGACUCCUCCCCGGUCAGCAAGGCAAAGAGAUCCAAAUCCAGCAAAGCUAAGAAAUCACACAAGAACUCAUCAUCGAAAAAGUCCAAGAAAUCAAAACUGAAAACCAAGAAAAAGUCGAAAAAGAGCGAUCGCUCCAAGCACAAGACGAAGAAAAAGAAAAGUAAGCACUGA